ACAGUAUCAUAUCAAAAUGGAAAAGAUCUACUCAAAAGGUGUUGUUUUAGGUUACAGAAGAUCCCAAGCUACCCAAUACCCAAAUAUUUCAUUACUCAAAAUUGAAGGUGUUGUUAGCCGUGAAGAUACCACUUUUUACUUAGGAAAGUCUGUAUGUCUUAUUGAAAAAGUCACCAAGACUGCCGAAAACCCAUCAGGUCACAAAAUCACCUGGGGUAAAGUCUGUAAAUCACACGGUAGCUCAGGUGUUGUCCAAGCCCGUUUCAAGAGAAACCUCCCACCAAAAGCCUUCGGUGCCCCAAUCAGAGUUUUCCUCUACCCAUCAUCAAUUUAAAUCAAUGUUUUAGAAAAAUAAAUAUAUAAUUU